AUGGUGGCCCAGCCUGUAAUCAGCAGCCCUGAAGAGACUAGGCAGGAGAAUAAGGAGUUCCAGGCUGGAGUUGACCACAAGUCCAGGACCUCCAGACUGAACUACAUUUCCCGUGAGCCUCUCUGUCUCCGCGAAGCGGCAGCUGUAAAAGGCUGCACUAGUACGACACUAUUCCACCUCACCACUACCAGAGCCAACUACUGUGCUACUGCCUCCCGCUGUAGGAGAGAUUACUUUGCUGCCUCGUGUCUCCUUACCCAGGCGUCUCGGCCCGGGGAGCCCAAGUCCGGAGUGGGCCGCGGUACACUUGGAACAGGCUCGGAGGGAGGGGGUCUGCACCGCCACCAGAACCAAGCCAUGGAGUUCGGGGAGUCGGGGAAGGUUCCUGUGACCUUUGAUGACGUCACCCUGUACUUGCUGCAGGAAGAGUGGCUGCUGCUGGGUAAGCCGCAGAAGGACUUCUCUACUACUGACAAGCUGACAGCACCUCGAGGACCGACGGCUGCCAAUCGUGAGCUAUUCCGUGGUUUGGGGCAAGCCACCAAGCCAUGGCUAGGCAGCAUCCAGGGCCAGAGGAGUCUUCUGAACCAUCACCCUGGAAAAACCCAUGUGAACUGUAUGGAAGAAAUAGAUACGCAGGGAUCCACCAGAGAGAAAGGACAGUACCUGCCACCGCAAAAGGAAUCCUGCCAUGCUCACUUCAGUACAGAGAGCAGCACAACAGGGAAAGACUGGACAGGAAGAAACAAGAAACUCCCCAAUCCCUGCUCCAUCCAGAAGUCAUGGUUUACAAAGUUUCCAUGGCUGAUCAUGAAUGAGGAACAGGCAGCUCUGUUUUGUGCUGUCUGCUGAGAAUACCCAUCUGUCAGAGACAGAAGGUCACGGUUAAUAGAAGGCUACACAGGACCAUUCAAGGUGGGAACUCUCAAAUACCACGCCAAGAGCAAGGCCCACAUAUUCUGUGUCAAUGCCCUGGCCGCCAAGGACCCCGCUGGGCAGCCCGCCUUCAGUGUCACAGGGAGAGUCCUGCAGAUAUCCUGGCCAGCCCUGAACACCUCCUCACUGCAGAUGACCCCACACUCUACCUGCCAGGGCCUCUGGGGGACUUUGAUGGCCUAGAUGAACUCCUGUCUAGCCCAAGAGCUGAACCAGAGGAUGCUUCAGGGAGUGGAGCCAUCCCUGCAUUGUAUUUAGACUGCGAGUCGGAUCUGAGGCAAAAAGAAAUUGGCAGUGACAUCCUCGGUCCCUCAAAUAGCAGCACCUUAUUUAAGGACAGUAUUGAUUUCUGCAGCCAGGUAACACGUGUGUUGAUUGUUGUGCCGUAGAGAGGGGUCCAUACUGAAGAUGACAUAAAAUGGAAGAUGAUGAUAGAAAAAAGAAUAGUAGCGGUACUCAGCACUGGCAUCCUGGGGUCACCAGAGCACGUGUGCUUUUAUAUUUUCUGAUAUUUUAUGUAAAUGAGUGUCUGCCUACAUGCGUUUGUGCAUCACAUGUAUGCAGUAGCUGUGGGAGCCAGAAUCAGGUAUCAGAUGCCCUGGAACUGGAGUCAUAAACAUUAGGAGCUAGCAUGUGU